AUGGGUGAUGACGCAUUGCUCGAUCAAGCUGAAUGCUUCAAGACAUUUCUUGGUCUCAACAAGUCGGAGCCGGGAGACAUGUUCUUCCUUGUGAUGGGCCUGACUGGAGCUGGAAAGAGUACAUUCGUCUCCAACUGCACAGGUCAUGCCGUCAAUGUAGGCCAUGGACUCUAUUCAUGUACUAACUCAAUGGGUGUUUUCCAGUAUACUAGACAUGGUCAACGCAUCUUUCUUGUAGAUACUCCGGGGUUUAACGACACAACUCGCUCUGAUAUUGAUACGCUAGAGAUAUUAGCAACUUAUCUAGGUGCGUCGUAUGCCAAUGGUGUGCGAGUCAGUGGUGUUAUUAUGCUAUAUCCUAUUACCAAUAACCGAAUGGCCGGCUCAAACCUAAGGAGCUUAAAAAUCUUGAAAGCCAUUUCGGGAUUCGCUUCCUAUAAUAGUCUCGCCGUCGUUACCACGAUGUGGCCCGAGUCCCCAAAUUCUGUUGCAAAGGAUAUUCUUGAAGAGCGGUAA